AUGGCCGGGUUAGCGGGAUUCGGGGCGUUAGAAUCGACGUAUUUGGCGGUGCAAAAGCUCACGGGGGGGGAAGUGGCGUGUCCCGUGGGCGGGUGUCAGACGGCGUUGAAUAGCGGAUACGCCGAGUUGUUUGGGAUUCCGCUGUCCGCGUUCGGGGCGGUGGCGUACGGUUUGGUCGCCGCGCUGGCGUGGUGGGGGGCGGGUAUGCAAGACGAGCUCGUGAAGCAAGGCGACGACGGACGCGAUAAGGAUUUGGAGUCAUCCUACGGCAAGGCGCGCGUGUUACUCUUCUUCGGCGCCACGGGAUUAGCCGGCGUGUCGUCGUAUUUACUUUUUGUUUUAGCCUUCAAGCUCGGUGGUGUGGAGUGCUUGUACUGCUUGACGUCCGCCGCUCUGUCGCUCACGCUUUUUGGCGUCGGUUUCGCGGGUCUGAGUUCGAGAGAGAGCGCCAACGCGUUCCCGCCGGCCAUCGCGUUGUACGUCGUCACGGUUUUGACGAUGAGCAUCGUGCUCACGGAGAGCCCGGACGCGAAAAACACUCAAGGGUUGAAACUAGCCUACGCGCCCGCGCAGUUGGAGCAAACGUCUACGGCAUACUCUCGCGCACUCGCGAAACAUCUCGCAGAGACCGGAGCGAAGAUGUACGGCGCGUUUUGGUGCUCGCACUGCAUCGAACAAAAGGAGACGUUCGGCGCUGGGGCGCAGAUUCCGUACGUGGAGUGCUUCCCAGAUGGGUGGGAACGAGGCACGCCCGUGGCUACGGCGUGUGAUGCGGCGAAAGUGGAGGGGUUCCCGACGUGGGUGAUCAAUGGGAAGAAACUAGAAGGCGAACAGACGCUCGAAAAGCUCGCCGAGCUCAGCGGAUUCCAAGGGCAAAACGACGCGGCGAGCAUGGUGGCGGAAAUGUUUUAG